GAAAAUAUUUAUUAAUAUACCUACAUUAAUAACUGAUAAGAUUAAAUUGUUUGAACUAGAUUAAAAAAAAGUUUGUAGGUGUUCAAAAUCCUAUUUAGUUUGGUUUACUAUGAUGUACGUUCUCUUGUUAUUCGUUUUACUAUCAAAUAUAAUACAAGUUCGAUCAAAAUGUACCGACGAAAAUUAUCUAAAAAUCGAGAAAGACAUAAUAUCCGAGAAGGAAAAAAUCGGAGAUGAGCUGCUGUUGAAAUAUGGGGAUGUCCCGGGCGAGCUGGGAGAUUUAUUGCAACAACUUCGGCGGGUUAUCGGCGGUGGUUAUGAAACUUUAAAAAUUCAAAAAGGAGUCAAUGGAUUGCUGAAGGAUAGGGAAAAUGGGUUAAAUAAUAGAACGGAUGGUUUGUAUGGAGAGUUGGAGGUUUUAAGAAGAAUCAUGGCGGGUCUAAAUGUUGAUUCUAUUAAUUUUAAUGAUACUAUUGCUAAGAAUAUAGAUGAUUCAAUUUUGAAGAAAAUUAAAGAUAUGGAGGAUCAGCUAAAACUUAUCGAUGUACUUUAUAAUAAUUACAGUAAUUUGAAUAUUUUUGAGAAAAAUAUGAACAUACCAAACAGAGUUUCUAACGAUCUUUCUAUAAUCGAAAAUUUGUUAACAGAAAAAGAAGAUCCUCAUUGUUCUGAAAAAUUAGAAGAAAAACUGAACAAACUGUUUAGGGAACUAUUAAGUUUACUGGAUUUCAAAGAACUUGCUGAAGAAGUUCUAGAAUUGAAGGAAAUCGCUCAAAAGAAAAACGAGGCAUCAAAAAACCUACUAAACCUUGUGAAGGAGUACAUAAAAAUCGAAGCAAAAUUCCAUGAGUUGCAAGAUAUAAUUAAUAAAGUAGAGGAAAUUCUAAAGUCUUUGGGUCUAAAUAAAUUGUCAGAUAUACCGGAUUUUAUACGUAAAAAUGAAGAUGAAAUCGACGAUUACAUUAACGAAAUAAAUUGUUACAGAAAUUAUAUAAUCAAUUGCCAUAUUAAGCACCCUUCGGAUUCAACGAAUGUACCUAUAUGCAUGAAAAGUUGUGAAGGUGAUAAUAAGAUUGUUUAAAUGUAAGAUGAGUGUUUAAAUUUUC